AUGAAGAACCUCAUCACUUACACGCUCGCCGCGACAUUGGCCGCUGGCGCCACUGCUCACCAGCACCAGCACGUCCACAACCGUCGCCAUGCCGGUUCCAAGGUCCAGAAGCGCGGUGCCAGCGUUGUCACCGAGUACGUCGUUGCUGCCACCGAGACCGUCUACGAGCUCGCCGGAAAGAAGCUUGGUCAAGAAGAGGCCAAGGCCGGUCUCGAUGGCGGCAACCUGAUCAUCGUUGGCGAAUCCAACCCUACCUACCAGCCUCCCCCUCCUGCCGAGACCACCCAGCCCGAGCCCCAGAAGCAGAAGGCUGAGAUUGGCGCUCAGUUCUACCAGUCCAAGGAGGUCACCUCUGCCCCUGCUGCGGCAGCUCCCACCACUGUUGCCGAGGUUGUCUCCUCGGUUGCUGCUGAGAAGCCCAAUGCCAAGACUUCCUCCAACUCCAACUCUGGCUCCUCCUAUGGCGGCAGCAGCGGUGGCUCGGGUGUUAGCAAGAAGUUCGAGAGCGGCAAGGUUCCCUGCAGCACCUUCCCUUCGGAGUACGGUGCUGAGGCUCUCGACUGGCUCAAGCUGGGUGGCUGGUCCGGUAUUCAGUACGUUCCCGACUUUACCCUGGGCUCGUUGACCAUCACCACGAUCCACACUGCUAUCAAGGGCGACAAGUGCAAGAAGGGUGCCAUGUGCUCUUAUGCCUGCCCUGCUGGAUACCAGAAGACUCAGUGGCCCAAGGCCCAGGGCUCCACCAAGGAGUCCGUUGGUGGUCUUUACUGUAACGACGAGGGCUUCCUUGAGCUUACCCGCGACGGCUACGACACCCUCUGCGAGCCCGGUGUUGGCGGUGUCUCCAUCCAGAACGACUGCGACGAGGACAUCGUUACCUGCCGAACCGAUUACCCCGGAACCGAGAACAUGGUCAUUCCCGCCCUUGCCUCUGCUGGUGGCAGCGUCGACAUCUGCAACCCUGAGCAGGACAAGUACUACAUCUGGGACGGCUCUGGCACCUCGGCUCAGUACUACGUUAACAAGAAGGGAUACAGCGUCGAGGACGCUUGUGUCUGGGACAGCCCCAAGGGCAAGGACGCCGGUAACUGGGCUCCCGUUGUCCUCGGUGUUGGCCAGGCCGCCGACGGCAUCACCUACAUCUCCAUCUUCCAAAACCUGCCCACAAGCGAUGCUCCACUUGACUUCAACAUCGAGAUCACUGGAGACGUCAACUCCGAGUGCUCGUACAUCGACGGCAAGUGGACUGGCGGCGCCAGCGGCUGCACUACUGGCAUGAAGUCUGGUGGCAAGGCCAUCGUCCGAUACUUUUAG